UAUGACACCUCUUCACCAAGUUAGUACCAGCACGUUUUUAAUGUUGUUUGAUUAUACACUUCAUUGCAUAAUCUGGAUAAUGGAAAUAAUUGUCUUGAUUUUGUUUUACAUGUUUGUCAAAGCAUAAUAUGCAGAAGCAUUCUUUGGAAAAUGAAGAAAGACGUAGAAAGGCUAUACAUGAGAGACAGUUGAGAAUGGCUGAUGUUCCUGAGCCAGCUGAUGUUGUUCCACUCAGAUUUAAGUACCCCAGUGGCAUUACAAGAACAAGAAAAUUUGUUCUGUCUGAAUCCAUUCAGAUAUUAUUUGAUUUUGUCGGAGAAGAUGAUGAUGCUACAGAGUAUUUUCACAUUCAAGAUGCUCUGUCAGUAACAACUCUUAAAAGCAACAUGACUGGAACACUUUUGGGGAACAAUAUCAAUGGUUCAAGAACACUUUACAUCCACUGGAUUCAAAUUGAUGAUUUGGAGUUUGUCCCAGCACUUGAUUCCAACAAUCAAGCUGAAUCUCCCAGUGUCAGCAACCAGUUCUUUCCAAUGCCAGCAACUUCUUUUUCUUUGCCAUCAUCACCUACUUUUUUACCAGAGACGGACAGCUCAUUCUUUCAUGAAGGGACUGACCUUAAAACCAUCUUGAACAGACUUGGGGAAAAGACUGAUCACACUUCGUACCCGGCCAGCAAUCACAUAAACAUAUGCAGGGACUACACUGGCAACGUCCAUAACAUACUAAAGAGUACAGUUCAGUAG